UAGUAUUUCGAGCACUGCUAUCAUUGGCUUGUGUAUUCCUGCUUUUUCAGCUUCUGACGUGCCAAGAAGGUGUCCAACAAGAGCAGCUGAUGGCAGAAAAACCCCAGACAGAAUGGAGCAGUGGUCUCGGCGAUUGCUUUGAGGAUGCAAGCACUUGUUGCUAUGGUUUCUGGUGUGGACCUUGCCUUACCUGCACCGUUUCAGGAAGAUUUGGAGAGAACAGUUGUCUCCCCUUAUGUGAUAUACUUCCUUCUGCAAUGACACUUCUUUGGACACCUCUGAUUGUUCCUCCUGCAGCCUUAUCUGUACGGGCUGCCAUGCGUAACAGAUAUGGUAUCAAGGGGUCUCUCUGGAAGGACAUCGCAAUUUCCUGUUGUUGCUCCUGGUGCUCCUGGUGUCAGAUGCAUCGUGAGUUAAAACAUCGCAUGAAAGUCCCUGUUGUCAUUAACAUGCAGCCUCAAACAAUCGUCAACAUGCCGCCUCAAACUCUUGUCAGCAUGCAGCCACAGGCUCUGGUCAGCAUGCAGCCACAGGCUCUUUACAGCAUGCAGCCUAACCCUGUGAUGAUGCCUGCAAACGUUUGUACAGCUGGCUUUGUGAGCCAACCAGGAGUUGCAAUGCCUCCAGAAUAACCCCGCUACUUGUUCUGAUCUUUUUAGUGUAUUUAAUUAACUAAGCUAUUGGGAAUUUUAACUGUGUUCCUAUAGAACUCUUUACAUUGAUCAUGCUGUGUUUCUGGUUCAGUUAUGUUACUUUUUUAGGUUUUAGGUUGUCUGGGUUAGGUGGCUUAAGUUCUGUUGGAUUUUUGUUUUAUGCCCUGUUUUUAAUUCUAAAGUGUGGUUUUUUGGUUUUCAGUUGUUACAUUUAGGAUGGGUUUUCUUUGUUUUAGAUUUGCAUUUUACAUAUUUUUUGUAUCACAACAGAAGCUCAGUUUCUGAUUACCAUACUUGUUCUCUGUAAUCAUGUUCUUCAUUAUAUUUCUGUUCGGGUUUUUCCUUUGUUUGGUAUCAUCUUCAUCUUUGUCCUAGCUCCUUCCCUGUCAGUCACAUGUGUAUGCAGCCCUCAGGUCACUGUGUACUGGUGUCUUACUCCUAAAGUAGGGAUUAAAACAUAUAAAGAAGCAUCUUUUAGUUUUUAUAGGCCUUGCCUGUGCAACAGCCUACCAGAGAACCCAAGGGCAGCUGGGAAUGUAGAUAUAAAUAAAAAAAACUUAAGACUUACCGUUGUUUGUGUUUUGUUUUUAUUCCUUUUAUUUCAGAUUAGAAUAUAACAUAUAUAACUUUGUAUG